AAGGUUGUACUCUGGGAAGUAGUCACUGAAGACUGAAGUAGUCCAUUUUAGGAUUAGGAUAUUUGAUAAUUUUGAUUGAUUGAUAGUCAAGAAAUACUACGUUGAGAAGCUUAAAACAUGAGUAAUAUCUAUAUUCAAGAACCGCCUACGAACGGAAAGGUUCUUGUAAGCACUAGUGCUGGAGACAUUGAUAUUGAAUUAUGGUCGAAAGAGGCACCAAAAGCUAGUCGUAACUUCGUGCAGUUGUGCUUGGAAGGUUACUAUGACAAUACCAUAUUUCAUCGAAUUGUCAAAGGAUUUUGCAUUCAAGGAGGUGAUCCUACAGGAACUGGUACAGGAGGUGAAUCAAUAUAUGGUGAACCGUUCAAAAAUGAAGUACAUCAACGAUUAAGAUUUGUAAGAAGGGGCUUGGUAGCAACUGCAAACACAGGUGAAAAUGACAAUGGAAGUCAAUUUUUCUUCACUCUUGGACGGGCAGAUGAGCUUCAUGGUAAACAUACAAUUUUUGGAAAAGUCACUGGCAACACAAUCUAUAACAUGUUGGAAAUGGAAAGUAUGGAGGUUGAUCAAAAUGAUUUUCCUGUUUACCCUCCCAAGAUAUACAAAACUGAGGUAUUGUCCAAUCCAUUUGAGGAUAUUGUUCCCAGAGAAAAAGAGAAACAUGUUGAGAAAGAAAGCAAGAAAGAGAAGAAAAGCAAAGGAACAAAAAAUUUUAGUUUGUUAUCAUUUGGCGAAGAGGCUGAAGAUGAUGAGGAAGAAAUUCACACUUUGAGCAAGGAUAUGAAAAUCAAGAGCAGCCAUGAUGUACUGAAUGAUCCAAAGCUUAGUUCAGUCCCUACUUUGACGCCAACAGAGGACAAUGAAAAGGCUGUUGAUGAGGACGUGGCAGACAAUGUUCGAAAAAGGUUGAAAAAGCCAACAAUUGAGAAGGAGAAUGAUGAACAGAGUGAGGAAGAUGACGAAGAUAAGCGCUCGAAGAGAAGUAAAGAGUUAAGGCGUGAAUCUAAACGACUUCGACGUGAACUGCGGGAUAGUAAGAAAACUAAACCUGUAGAAGAAGUUGAUACGAAAGAUGACGAAAAUGAAAAAGAAGAUGAAGUUGGUGCAUUAAAAGAUUUUCGUGAAGAAAGAAAAGAAUAUUUGCAUAAAAAGAACGAACAAAUUAAGAAAAAGGGAUCUGGUCGCGAAGAACAGACAUUACAGUUGCUGUCCAUUUUCCAGUCAAAGUUGGAGGAACCUGGAGACGAGGUUGCACCCACUAUGUUAGACGACGAUGAGGAUGAUGACGAAGCGGUUGAUAGCAGCUCUUGGUUACAUCAUAAACUGAUGUUUGAGGAGCAUGAUAGAAGAGCAAAAGAUGCCAACAUUCGUGAUGAAGAUACUUUUGAAAUAUUUGAUCCUCGAAAUCCUAUCAAUAAAAGACGACGAGAGGAAAGUAAAAAAAGACAGAAGGAACAGAAAAGAAAGUAACUCAGACAAGAUGUCACAGGUUCAUUUCUGACAGUGCACGCCACGAGGCUGUUAAUAUUCCAAGACCACCCAUUACUUAAUUGGCAAGAUGAAAGCCAAAUGAAACAAGAACAAAUGCUGAACUGAUGAUGAGCGUGAUGUUGAUAAGCGGCGUCGAUGCAAUAAUCCAUUAGAUCUCUAUCAGAAGAUUGCACUUAUUUAAUAAUAUACCACUAUACAUGACUGCGCACUAUAAUAUUGCUUUAACAACAUAUGACAUUACUAUGACAUACACUUCUAAAGUUAGCGAGGAGAGUUUGGACUGAUUUUAACAACUGUUGAACGUCCAGAUAUAGUGUUAUUUCGCGGUGCACUGGUCUUGCUCUAGAAUAAUACAUAGAGAGAAACUGGUAAGACGAUUUGUCUGAUAUAUA